AUGGACAACAUCUCUACUCGCGCCAUCGUGAAUGGGGACGCCUCGGAAACUGCCAAUGUGCCUCGAGUUCAUGGAACUAAGAUGCACGGCGCAGCACGACUCGAGUCUUUCCUCAAAGACGAUGGUCUGAAGACGAUGUUGCCCUUCAUGACAACUUCGACCGAGAAGUCUCAGGCCGAUCAUGAAGCUAAGGCAAGCGAGGACAUCGAAAAGAUCAUGGCCAACUGGGAUAAGUGA